UGUUCUAACACUUGCCGAGUGUACAAGGUGGAAGAAUCUUAUCAUCAUAAAUACCAACAUUAUAACACUUUUCACGGAAAAACACGUUCUAUUGAAUUUUUUCUUGUGAACAACAGGAAAUUUGUGAAUUCAUGUUUAAAUUAGUGAUUUGGCAGUAUUCCUUACGAUAAAGCUUCACAAACAACGUUGCAAAAAUAUGAUUGUUUGAAAUAACAUGUCAUAUCCUACUUUGGAGACUGAUAUUAGACUCUGAGUGAAGAUUUGAUUGAAAUGAGUUGUAUAAAUACUACAAUUUUUACAAAGUUAAUUAAGUUUUGCACAGCCUUAACUACGAAUUACUAAAAAUGGCAUCCAAGUCACUUUUCGCUGCUUUCUUCGCCCUUGUGGUCGCUCUUGAGGUCGCCAACGCCUGCAGCUGCGGAUGUUGCCAGCCAUGCUGCUGUUGUUGCAAGCCAUGUUGCGGAUGCUGUUGCCACAAGAAGUGCGGUGACACCACCAUCAUCAAGGAGCCAGACUGCUGUUGUUGCAAGCCAUGUUGUUGUUGCAAGCCAUGCUGUUGCUGCCAGAAAUGUUGUUGCUGUUGCGAGCCAUGUUGCUGUUGUUGCAAGCCAUGUUGCUGUUGCUGCCAGCCAUGUUGCUGCUGCUGCAAGCCAUGCUGUGGAUGCUGCUGUUAAACAUUCUUCCAGAAACUAAACAGAUAAAUAUCUCUUGCAACUCAACUCCACUGAAUCCACAUAAAUUGAUUGAAAUGAUGUAUCAAACAAAUUGAUACAGAAGUGCUUUAAAACUUCUGUUCCAAAGUAUUCCAUUGUUAAUCUUCAGUAUUAUCAGAAUUAUUCAACAUUGAAUUAUUGAGAUGAUACUGGAAUAUUCCAACUGCAUCAUGACUUGAUAUUUAUUUGUAAAAUCAUCAUCAAACUUUUCUGGAAUAAAUCAGCUGUAUGGAAUCUAAUAAAAACGUAUCAUUACUUCUCCA